UUUUUAAUCCGCCGGAGAGUCGAUCUCCAAACAAAACCGUAGAGAGCACAUAUAAAGACGUGGCAGGCGAGUGCUUCGAAACAGUCUUCCGCCGCAGCUCGACGCGCUCGAAUAUCGGGAAUAUAUAGAUAUAGAACGGAGUUAGUUAGAUCGCAGGACCCACAGCAGAGCAGAGCCGCAGAGCCAGCAACCUCGAUGGGCGUCAUCUACAAGAUACUGAAGCAGCAACGCAGCAUGGAUCUCAGCCUGAGCUCGGCCACCAGGUGCAAGGUGCAGGCGGCCAUCAAGCAGCGCCAGCAGCAGCGCCGCCUCGAGGAUCACAUGGUGGAUGAUCGGGAUCGGGAGCGGGAGCGGGAGCGGGAGCCGGAUCAGCAACACAGCCACAAUCAGAGCCACAUCGAGAAGGAUAAGGAGGAGCUGGCCGAGCAGCAAUUGCAGCAGCUUUGCAGAUUUCUAGCCGAGAAUGCGGCGCGAAAAAAGCGUCAGCGUUUCAAGCUGCAGUACCAAUGCAAUCUAGCGGUCGAUCAGGAUAACGAUCAGGAGCAGUUGCCGGAGAAGGAGCACUUUGCAGCGCCGCCGCACGAGAUGGACCUGGAGUUCAUAGAGCAGCUGCAGCAUUCCUCAACCGCCAAAUCCCAUGGAGCAACUGGGCAGGCGCCACGUGAUAGCAUCCUGCUGAAGAUUCGCCACCAGAUCUUCGAGAGAAAACGGCAGAGGCAGCGCCAGUUGGCGGAGCUGGUGCAGCAGCGAAUGGUGGUGUGGCGACCUUGGUAAUGGGAUUUCCCCAAAAUCUAUCUAGCAACAGAUAGAGAUAGAUAGAUAGAUAGAGAGAGAGAGAGAGAGAGAGAGAAGUCCGGGAACUGAGACUAGUCUAAGGGAUAGCUUUAAGGACGAUUCGGUAUUAUUCCUGCUGCUGUGUGAUGAUCGCGCUGCUCUUCCAUUUUCCCACGCCUUUACAAACCGACUUUAUUUUUUUUCCUGUUAAUAAUACUUAAGUAAUA